CGAGUCCGGUCCCAUCUUCUCACCCAGGUGUGCUAUGCAGGUCUCACUUGUGUCUCCGACGAGAUCAUGGCGUUGCCAGUUGAUGAUUGUCGACCUCUACUCACUUACACGAGCACAAACACAACUUCGACCCGGUCAAAUUAAUGCCUUAUCUACUCCUAUAAUCGUCGAGCAUUUCCUCACCGAGGGGUCACAGCCUGCAUGCCCCCAUCGGCACUUUGCAGGACAAAGUGCCUAGCACACCUAGUAUAAGGUGGAUGGAGUGUCGAAAGCUCUGGAGUAAUGUUGAACAAGAAUCUUUCACUUCCUGCUUUUUAUCUUCUUGCACCGUAUCAAGUUGAACCCAAGCCAGCAGCAUAUCAUGACUUCAUCGGACGAGAAGUUCCAGGCCGGCGCUUCUUACGGAGAUGACGAGAAAAGCUCCGCCAACUACUUUUCCGACCCUGUCAAAGUAGCUGCGGACAUAUUGAAAGACUAUGCCUCUGUUCGCGGCCAGACAUCUCAGGCUGAGUUAGUGGGAGUGAUCAAGUCGUUGCUCCAGAAAGACCAGCCUCUUGAUGACAAGAAAGGGACGACCGAGGUUCUGAUUGGCAUCCUGACGGCUCUCCCUUCGACGUCCAAUGCUCGUGUCAAGCUCACCAACAAGCUCAUCGACACACUAUGGGACAACCUUCAGCAUCCACCCCUGAGCUACGUUGGUGGUGAUGUCAGCUACGAGGUUGUCGGUGCCGAGGAAUCCCAGAAGAAGACCGAAACCACGGACUUCAUUGAGUUCAAGGCCCCAGACAGCGACAUCACCUUACGUGAACAUGUCCCAAAGGCUCCGGAUGGACUAUACCAGUAUAGGAUGCCUGAUGGGAGCUACAACAACAUUCUCGAGCCCAAUCUGGGAAAGGCCGGCACUCCGUAUGCCAAGACGGUCAGGACUACCAAGACACUCCAUGGUGUCAAGCCUGAUCCAGGUCUGCUAUUCGAUCUCUUGAUGGCCCGUGAUGAGGACAACUUCAAGGAAAACCCAGCGGGCAUCUCAUCUAUGCUCUUCUACCAUGCCUCCAUCAUCAUUCAUGACAUCUUCCGCACCAAUCGGACCGACAUGAACAAGUCUGACACCUCAUCCUACCUUGACCUAGCCCCUCUGUAUGGCUCAUCACUCAAGGAUCAGCUUGAGGUCCGCACUAUGAAAGAAGGCCGCCUCAAGCCGGAUACCUUCCACGAGCGACGACUUCUCGGGCAGCCGCCAGGUGUCAGUGUCAUGUUGGUCCUCUACAGUCGUUUCCACAAUUAUGUCUGUGACAUCUUGCUGAAGAUCAAUGAGAACGGCCGCUUCACAAUGCAGUGUCCUCCAGAUGCAAGCCCUGAGGACAAAGCGAAAGCAGCUGCAAAGCAAGACCAUGACCUGUUCAACACAGCUCGCCUGAUCGUCGGUGGACUUUACAUCAACAUCAGCCUGCACGACUACUUGCGUGCCAUCACCAAUACUCACCACUCCAAUUCUGACUGGACCCUGGACCCCCGUGUCGCCAUCGACAAACAAUUCGACGGCGAGGGUGUCCCCCGUGGGGUUGGCAACCAGGUUAGCGUUGAAUUUAACCUGCUUUACCGCUUCCACGCCUGCAUCUCGAAGAAGGAUGAGCGCUGGACCAAUGACUUCUUCAUCAAGCUCUUCCCUGACCGCAAGCCAGAGGACCUGCAGAAUGUCGGGAUGGCAGAGCUUGGCCAAGCACUGGUCCAAUUUGAGCAAUCCAUCCCGAGUGACCCCAGCAAGCGCGGUAUCGGUCACCUCCAACGUCAAGAAAAUGGUACCUUCAAGGAUGAAGAGCUGGUUGCCGUCCUCAAGGAGGCCAUGGAAGACCCUGCCGGCGCUUUUGGCGCACGCAUGAUCCCCAAAGCGCUCAAGAUUGUCGAGAUCCUGGGCAUCAAUCAGGCUCGCAAGUGGCAGGUCGGAUCGCUGAACGAGUUCCGAGAGUUUUUCGGCCUCAAGAAAUACGACAAGUUCACCGAUAUCAACUCUAACCCAGAUAUUGCCAAGUUGCUCGAGAAGCUGUACACAGACCCUGACAUGGUUGAGCUCUACCCAGGUCUGAUGAUUGAGGACAUCAAACCUCGCCGCGAUACCGGCAGCGGUAUUUGCCCGACAUACUCAGUCGGCAGAGCUGUCCUGUCCGAUGCUGUCACGCUUGUGCGAUCGGACAGGUUCAACACUCUUGACUAUACAAUCUCGAAUCUGACGGCCUGGGGUUACAACGAGGUUCAGCAGGACUACAAGACCCUCGGUGGCUCAAUGCUGUACAAGCUCAUCCAACGAGGUCUUCCACGCUGGUUCCCUUACAACUCCAUCGCGGUCAUGCAGCCCAUGUACACGAAGAAGAUGAAUGAGCAGAUCGCCAAAGAAAUUGGGACCUUCCACCUAUACACGACAGACGAUCCCAAGCCUCCGCCAAAACCUGUCGUUGUAGCCUCAAGCGCUGCAAUCAAGCAGGUCCUCGACAACCCCAAGCAGUUCGUCCUGCCAUGGCUCAAGCCCCUCGACUCCAUGUUCACAGACACCAAGAAGGACAUCAGCUGGUUCAUGCUCUCAGGAGACCAGGAAAAGAAUUUCCAGCACCGCAUCGACUUGAAGAAGGCCAUCAGUAAGCUGCCCAAUCUGCACACCGCGAUCCACGAGUUCGUCGACCGCGUGGGCUCUCAGCUCAUCGAGAAGGAGACUUUCAAGCUGCGCGAGGGGCUCUACCAGAUGGACAUCAUCCGCGACAUCGCCAUUCCGCUGAACGCGCAGCUCUUGGCAGACCUCUUUUACUUCGACUUGAAGACCGACGAGAACCCGUCGGGUAAGCUGGGGUCGGCUGAGCUCUUCCGCCACCUGCUUAAUGUGCGCGUCUGGGGCGUCAAUGACAACGAUCCGGCCCAGUCGUGGAACCGCCGCCGCCGUGCCAUCGAGAGUGUGAAGAUUCUCAUAGACUCAACACGUACUCUCGUCAAUGAGGUCUCAUCUGGCAACGGCUUGGGCCUCGGCGUCGUUAACGCAAUAUCUAGUGUGGUUGGCAGGAGGGCCAACUUCAAGAAGGAUUCGCUCAGGUCCUGUGGCUACAAGUUCGUGCAGGAGCUCUUGGCAUUGGGGAACUCUGCGGAGAAGGUCGUCGAUAAUCUGUGGCUGACUGCUUUUGGUGGCACCGGCGUCCCUGUCACGGUGUUCUAUGAGGUCCUGGAAUUCUUCCUCCGGCCCGAGAAUGCAUCCAUCUGGGCUGAGGUCCAGACCAUUGUGGAGAACAAGGACGACGAGAAGUUGCACGCGUAUGUCGCUGAGGCGCAGCGCCUCACAAGCUCGCAGCGCAACAUGCGCGUGGCUGUCGCCCCUGCCGAGCUGGAUGGGCAGAAGGUCGAGCCAGGCAAUGCCGUUGUCAUGCUUCUUGGAGAAGCUGGUCGUAACCCGAAGGAGAUUACCGACCCUGCGAGGUUCGACCCGCAGCGGAAGACGGAGCCAGUAUCUUCGUUCAGCUAUGGUCAGCACGAGUGUUUCGCUAAGGACCUAGUGACCACUUUCCUUGUCGGACUCGUGAAGCUUGUAGCUGGUCUGAAGGGACUUCGUCCCGCGCCCGGCCAGAUGGGUGAGGUAAAGACCAUCCGGUUAGGCUCCGAGAAGGCCUACCUGAACGACAGCUGGUCGUACCUCAGUUUCGACGCUAGCACUUGGAAGGUUCACUUCGAUGGGCAUGGAAAGGGGGCAUACACGGGCGAUGCUACCCCUAACAAGCCCAUCGAUCUCGGACAGUACUACUACUUAAUCAAGAAGCGUAAUGAUGAGUUCCUGGAAAAGGCAACGGGAAUUCUUUCGUGAUUGUGCCGAGACCUUGGGACUGUCCAAACGGCAACGGGGCAAAGGAACACUCGAACAUGCAAGGACUUGAACGUUUUGGGGCCUUGGGAAGGAGUUUUUGAGCAUUUAUCUUACAGAUAACAAACUGUAUCAAGUGACUAUGACGAAUCUG